UCUCAGCAUUUGCUGGGUUUUGCCCUGUGCAGCUUCCUCCUCAUGCAUCCACCACAGAGCGAUGACGUGGAGAGACGCAGCCUCAAAUGAUGCGGCCCACUUUGCAUUAGUUGCUGUGCAGCGUCAGGCUCAUCCUUUGCAGGCCCUCAGCUCUCGGCUCCGAUUUGCCAGCGAAGCCCCCUCUUGGGUCGGUUACCUGCCACAAGAGCUUCAAGACAAGAUCUCCACGUCCGCAGCAGCCCGGCAACUGGGUCAAUUGCACGGGUUCGGCAUCGCUUUUGAGACUGUCAUGAAGGAGAAGGGCUCCGGCCAGCUUCGGGCACUUCAUUCCGGAGCAUGGUGGUCUCAGCGGGUGUGGAGCCUCUCGCGAGACAGCAAAGGCUGUCGCGAGGUGCAGCAGGUGCUCGAAGAAGCACAGGAACAGGAUGAGCGCCUUGCCGUCGCGCUGGAGCUACGAGACGGAGAUGGAGCUGACAAAGGAGGUGUGGCCUUUUGCCCAGGUCAUGUCUGGGAAGCACUACGAGACCCCUUUGCCAACUAUGUGCUUCAGAAGUGCAUCACCGUACUGUGCAGGGACGACUUGACCUUUGUAUUUCAAGAGCUUCAGCAGAAAGGUCCAGAGAUGAUUCAACAAGCUGCGCGGCAUAAGUACGGCUGCCGCAUCAUCCAGCGGCUACUGGAAUGUGGACCUGCAGACCAGGUCAAUGACCUCAUUGACUGCUUGCUUCACGACGCCAUCAACAUUUGUGCACACCCCUAUGGCAACUAUGUUAUGCAGAAUUUACUAGAUCAAAGCACACGGGAGCAGCGCCGUCGACUGCUUCACUCCUUAAUGGAUAACGUGACUUUGGUAGGUAAUGAGAACGAGAACGUCUACGUCUCGGCAGUGAUGGUAAAGAUCAUGUCAGUGGCCCAACGUGAAGAGAAGGUGCAACUGGCACGAGCACUGCUGAGAGUGCCUGGUCUCUUGCGGAAGAUGGGAAGCACCAGGCAUGGUCACCAGGCCGCGAAGAAGGUGCUGAAGACUCUGACGGGCUCAGAGCACGAGGAAGCGAGGUUUCAACUUUAUGGCGGCGGUGAAGCUACCGUCGAGUCUCGCCGAAAAGCUGCGCGCGCGCGCCGGUCAGAGACUCAAGCCUGAAUCAAUUUGCACAAGGAGUUUUCAUUUUCGCAUUUUCGCACAGCUGGUAUCCCACGAAGUGGAUAUUUUAGAAAUUAAGCUGCGGCAAUGCGUUCUGAUCCGGACACGAAGAUCGGACAGUUCGCUCGCCGGCACCCAGAAGAGCGCCAUGCCGCACAGCCGGUACUGGUCAGCUUUUCCGGUAUGGUGCCGGUUUUUGCCCAAGGCAAAAACGCCUCGGGCGCCCCAAUUUUGACUGCAACUUUUGUUACUGCGUCCAUUGGAGUCUUCCAAGUUUCAACGGACUGUCAAGCCUUUGAAACCACUCUUGUGGCGCAGCCGGCACUGGUCGCCCGGGUUAAAAGGCUCGGGUACAAAGGACUCGGUGCGGUUGGCUAUUGCAGCCGGGUGGCUUCACGAAGCCACCCGGAGAGCAAAGCUGCUAGGCUAAUUUCUGGGAAGCAC